AUGCUAAUAAAGAAUUGCGGAUUCUAUUAUGCAUAAUCAAUAGAUGGAGUAAAUGUCAAAGCAGAAGAUGGGUAAUUUCAAACAAAAGAAUUGAAGUUCCAAGUCUGUUAGGUUUUGAUGUUUCCAUUUCAAAUACAAGUAACUCAUCAAAUAUAUUAAUUUAGUUAAGGAUAAGGUAGUCACCAUCCAAGUUCUAGGCAAGAAUGGAAUUGAGGGUGAUGAACUUCUUGUUCUAUUGUAAAUUGACAUUAAUCAAUUAUUACAAAGUAAUUUCAAAGGAUUAUUCUGGCAUCAAGUUGUUGAAACAGGUUUUUGUGAAGCAAGAAAUGUUCUGA